AUGGAAUGACUGAGACUGCCUCUGUUUGGGAUGAUGAUUAUGGUGUAGACCCUGAUCUUUAUCAAGAAGAAGAUCUCCCAUUACCACAUGAUGAGGCAUAUCUACAACCAGAUCUUCUUCCAAAUCCAAACACAGAAUGCAUAUAUGAAUACAGUGGUGUUCCUCUUGCAAAAACCUUUCUCUAGGCCAGGUUCAGCAUCCCACUCCCUGUCCACAGGGUACCAUACCAUGGUUACCGUGGAGACAGAAGCAGCCAGUGGUACUCACCCAUCACAGCCACAAUACACUGGUGGCAGUUUCAUUGGAGGAGCCAGUUCUGUAUUUUCCUUGGAUACAACUGUUACAGAAUCUGCUAACCUUGAACAUGACGAUUCAACAACAAAAGCUGUUCCAGCAGAGACGGUUACAGGCGCAGUUAAUAGUCGCAGGUCCCCAUCAGCAAAAAGUCACAUAACAUCAUCUUCAUCUAUCAGGGAAGAAGGGAAUGGUGGAGAAGCAGUAAAGCCAGGUGAUUUUGCAUUAGAUACUAAGAAACAAGAACCACAAAAACCACAAGCGCCAUCACCAACCAAAUCGCCUGCUCCACUCAUGAAGAUAACAUCAGGCCCCAAACCCCCAUCUAGUCCAUUGACCAAGUCAACCAGUAAUGCAACACAAAAAAUUAAGGCAACAAGUGCAAAAUUAGAAAAGAAAAUCAAAACACCAAGAGUGUCAUCAGCAGCCAGUAGAAAAAGGGAUGUCAAAAUAUCUACCAGUACUGAGACGUCCAAUGAGCAAGUCUCACAACCCUCUGCAACUACCAAUAGGGAAUUUAAAGAAUUCACGUCAGAAUCAUUGAUUUCUGAUACCCGAGCUGAGAUUGAGCGUGUAUUUGGUAAGCAGACACCAGUAAAAACUAAAAAAGCUUCUGGAGGUACUAAAGGAAAUGAGGGAAGCAUCAAGAAGCAUAGAUCUAAGGAGAAGGAAAAAGAAAAAGAAAAGGAGAAGGAAUUAGAAGUGGAAAUUCCUGAAGAAGUAAAACAACUUAUGGAGGGUGGUGCAGAUGAAUUCACUGGUGAGGAGGGAGGACUGACUGUUGAAGAAUUGGAACUGCAGCAGCAGUUACUCAAGGAAAAAAUGGAGUCUGCCCAGGAGCAACUUAAAUCUGCAGGCAUUAAGUCAACUAAACCAGGUAAACCAGCCAAUAAAGAGAAAAAGGAAAAGAAAUCACUCAAGGUCAAAGAUGAAAAAGAUGAAGAAAUGGAGAGGAAGAAACAAGAGCUGAGAGAAGCACGGAGAUUAGAGAAAGAAAAACGUGAGCAGGAAGCUAAGCAGUUACAGGAUUUGAUAAAACAGAAGGAAGAAGAUAGGAAGAAUAAAGAAAUGGAAGCUAAGCGGGAACAGGAGAGGAAAGAAGCAGAACUGAAAAGAAUUGCUGAAGAAGAGGAGAGCAUACGUCAACAGGAGGAAGAAGUGAAAAGGAUACUGGCUGAACAAAGAAGAAUAGAACGAGAAGAAAGAGAAGCCAGGAGAAAACUUGAACUUGAGAGAAAGAAACAAGAGGCAAUCCGGCAGCGUGAGAAGCAGAAAGAGAUGAUGGCCAAGGCAAGACAGAAGGAGUUGGAGAUGCUAGAGAGAAUAGCAGAUAGUGAGGCAAGAAGACGGCGCAGGGAAGAAUUGGAAGAAGAUGAGGAAGAGGAGAAUGAGAAAUUAGAAAUGGAAUUUGAGGAAUCGCUGAAGCAGGUUGAAUUUGAGAUGGAGCAGGAGGAAGCAAAGAUUGCUUACUUGGAGAAGAAGGCAGAGGAGGAGGCCAUGGCUGACAUGGUGCGUGAGAGGGAAGAAGCUGAAUGUAGACGACAGAAGAUUGAAGAGGAAAUGGAAAAAGUCAGACAACAAGAACAAGAAAAAAUGCAAAAGAUGUUUGAAGAACAGCAAAAACUUGAAUUGGAGAUUCAGAAGAGAGAGGAAGAGGAGGAAAAACAGAGGGAGAUUGAGAGACAGAGACUUCUGGAGCUACGAAAGAUGGAGGAAGAGGCAAGAGAGAAGAUGCGCCAAGAAAUGCAGAAUAGAAGAGAAGAGCUCCUUAAGCUCAGAGAAAAGAAUAUAGAGAGGAAAAACAACUUGGAGAGUGUCCGUCGUUCACAGGGUGUCACCAAACCAUGGGUGUUUUCAUAUUAUGUGCUGUGGCCAAGAGAAACUUAUGAAAAACCAAUGAUCUCAGAUGAUAAGAAAAAAGGUGGGAAGAAAAGUGGGAAGAAAGGGAAGAAAAGUGGGAAAAAGAGUGGGAAGAAAAAGAAAUGAUCCUAGCCUGCAGUGCUCUUACAAAUAAUUAGAAAAAGUUGUGCUGGGUGAUUUCUGUGACAUUUUCUUAAAUCAGUAUGGCUUUAAGAUAAUGUUUAAACUGAUGUAAUGAUGGAUACAUUCAUGAAGACCAACAUUGCCACAAAAAGAAGAAAACUCAAAUAAUGUCAUAAUCAGUGUGGAUAAUUUUGAUAUAGAUUUAUUAUUUUUGUUGAAUCUAAAUCAGGGUAUUUUUUAAUUUUUAAUGUAUAAAAGAGAUUUUCUCUAUAAGGAAAUUACUUCAUUAUGAUAAAAUCAAAUAAAGCAUUCCAUGACAUAAAAAAA